ACACUGCCUGUCCUGCGUUGAACAUAGGUCGUUGUUGUUUUUUACUCAUGGAUAAUUGAACAAUUGCUCCUUGCCAAAGACACCUCCUUUCUCCUUGUCGCUGUCAUUAAUCUCCCGGCCCUCCUAUUUCUAGACCUGACCUACCUAGUCCAAGAGCUCCAAGCAUACACGCUGGAUCAGCACUAAUCCUUUCCCGACGUCAUCAUGGGCAUACGCGAUGUUCUCAAGAAGAAGGAGAAACUCGACAACGGCGACCACAGCAGCAAGGAUGCAGUAGACAGGCUGGCGGCCCCCGAAUUCAAAUUCAUUCGAUCAGACACACACACCCAAGAGGUCAUCCACCCCCCGAGCGGGCCCCCGGGCUUCGACGACGGCAAGGAACAGUACCUGAACCCGAACGGCAACGACGGCGGCGGCAGCGGCCAGAAGCCCCGGCGCAGCCUCGACGUCUUCUUCGGCAACAGCCGCUCGCGCAGCGCGUCCGCCUCCUCGCAGGCGAGCUCGACCUCAAACUCCCACUCGAACAAUAAUGGCAAGAUCGGGAGACGGCUGUCGGAGCGGCUGCACCUCAGUCGCUCGCCCGCCUCGUCAGAAAACGUCCCGCAGAACCUACCCGACAUCGUGACCACGGCCGAGGGCGGCGAGGGCGACGAGCUGCAGUGGGAGAAGCGCGCGACCAUGCUGGCUUCGGCGAAUAAGAGCAGGCCCGCGACGCCGUUGGCGAACGACGCGGCGGGUGGUGGGGGGGAUAUGGCAAGGGGCAGGACGCAGGGCGCGGCGGUGUCGUCUCCGGCCAUUGACGAGGAUAUCCAGGAAGCCAUCCGGCUUCACGAGGCGGGUGAUUUUGAGAACUCGACAGCCAUGUUUGCCCGCCUGGCUGAUCCGAAAGGGGCGAAUAACACGCUGAGCCAGUUUUUAUACGGUCUUUCUUUGAGGCACGGAUGGGGUUGCGAACCAGACCCAGAAGGGGCCAUCAAGUAUCUCUCGGCGGCGGCGUCGAAUGCGGCAACCGUCGAGCAGAUGGCGUUGAAGGCAGGGCUCAAAAAGGGUGGUGCUGCCAAGGGCGAGCUCGUUCUGGCCAUAUUCGAACUGGCGAAUUCCUUUAGACACGGUUGGGGCACAGCCAAGGACCCAAUAGCGGCAAAGCAGUACUAUGAGACUGCGGCGAACCUUGGAGAUACUGAUGCUAUGAACGAGGUAGCCUGGUGCUAUGUAGAAGGCUUCGGAUGCAAAAAGGACAAGGUACGUUUGAUCACAUAUCACCCAUCAAUGCAAGCGGCAUUGCGUCUACCGGGCCUUGCGACGUGAGGCCCAGAACUUGGUCUCUAGGGGCAGCUAGCAUCAGCCUCAGCAGCCUCAGGUAUUGUGUGGCUUGCACUCAGCGAGACCACUCAUAUCAUGGAAUGUGUGAGAGAGCGCGCUAAUAC